CGUGCCGACUUUGGUUGAACUUAAGGCCAAGUGGAGUCAUUCGAUUCAUUGAAGUACACAAACAAAGGAGCCCCUUAUAAAUUGCUGUCAUCAUGAUUGAACGUGAAAUUAUACACACCACAACUGCCUCCAAGCGCAUCUUUGCUGUGGUCCAAGAUCUUUUGCAAUUCGUUGUGCUCUUCGCUCGUGUGCUGUUGGAGCUGCUGCUGCUGCUGGCUCAAACGUUUUUGCCCAAGAAGCAAAAGGAUAUCAGCGGUGAGGUUGUGCUGAUAACUGGCACUGGUCAUGGCAUUGGCCGGGAGCUGGCCUUGCUUUAUGCCAGCUGUGGCUGCACAGUGGUCUGCGUGGAUAUCAACGAGCAGAACAAUCUGGAAACUGUGCAGCAGAUCAAGAAUUUAAAUCGUGGUGCAGUGCACAAUUUCAGCUGCGAUGUGUCGAAGCGAGAGCAGGUUUUUGCUCUAGCGGAUCGCGUUCUGGCCGAGGUGGGUCCUGUGUCCGUGUUGGUCAACAAUGUGGGCAUUAUGCCAACGCAUCCGCUGCCUCAGCAAUCGGCUGAGGAAAUUCAGCGUGUCUUCGAUGUGAAUGUCUUCUCGCAGUUCUGGACUAUCCAGGCAUUUCUGAGUCAGAUGCAGGAGCUGGGACGUGGCCACAUUGUUUGUCUGGCCUCCAUUGCCGGACUGAUUGGAUCGUCCAAUCUGGUGCCGUAUUGUGCCACCAAAUAUGCAGUGCGUGGCUUGAUGGAGGCGCUGGCCGAAGAGAUACGCGAGGGGCCAUACAAGGAUCUGAUAAAAACAACCACAAUUUUUCCCUACAUGACAAACACGGGUCUCUGCAAGAAUCCCAAAGUCAAGUUUCCAUCGCUGUUGGGCCUUUUGGAUCCAAAGGAAGUGGCCAAACAGAUUGUGGCAGCGCAUCGUGCCGAUUGCCCGGAAGUAACCAUUCCCAGAACGCUGCUAUACAUUAACAACUGGGGUCGGCUGCUGCCUAGAAAAUGUGGCAUUAUGCUUAAAGACUAUAUUGGUAGCGGUGUGGAGUCCGAUUUGAUUUAAUUUGCAUAUAGUAUAUUUCUAUUCAAGUUGUGAAUGAAUGUGUAAGUGUAAAUUUGUAUCGUAAAUUAUGGAAUAUUAAAGUUAUUAUUGGUCGCAAAAGGAGUUAAUAAA